AUGAAUUCCAUUGGACAGAAAUUAAAUUCAAAUAUUGAGAGGUUCAACACUUUGAAUAUGGAACUUUUACAACAAGUUCAAUGCAAUCAACAGCAACAACAACAAGAACAACAAUGGAUGAACCUCUUUGCAGAGAUGAUGAAAAGUAAAGAUCAAGAGAUUGCAUUAAGAGAUGAGCUCGUGAAGGAACUCAAAGAUCGACACAGUCAAGAUCAAGAAUUAUGGAAAUUACAACAUGAAAAUCUUCAUCAAUAUGCUCAAGAACUCGAAUGUAUCGUCGAACAGUUAAAGGAAGAAUUACAACAACAAGAUGCAUCCAUACAAUCACUGAAAGAUUCGUUUCAAGAAAUUGAACUUGAAAAUUCUACUCUCAAAGAAAAUUUUGAGAAUCAAGUGGAAGAAAUAACGCAACAUUAUGAAUUAGAAUUGAAAGAGUUUGAAUUAAAUGCUUCUUUAGAGAAGAGACAAUUGCAAGAUCAAUAUUUUGAAAAUUCAUUGUCACUUAAAAGUUUUAUUGGUCAACAAGAGGUUGAAAUUGCAACAUUGAGAAAAGAAGUUUCUCUUCGAACGAGAGAAAACAACUCUCUGUCACAACAUUGCAAGGCCAUUGAAAUGAGAAUGCAAACACAAAUCAUGCAAUUGGAAACAGAAUUGUUGGAACUAGAAAAAAGAAUGAAACCAUACAACAAGAAUAUGACCAAGAAUUGGACACAAUCAAACAAUCCAUUCAAAGCAGUUAUUCCAAUCAAAUAG